GCUGCAAGCGUAAUUCUCCUGUUUAUCUUGGACUGUUUUACCCCUGUAUUCUUGAUAUAAUUACCUGUUUUGGGCCUGGCUUUUGAAUGACUGCAUCAUCUAAAAUCUUAAGUUGUUGUUCUGUGUGCUCUGUUUUGUUAAGUUAGAAUUAAUCUGAGAAAAUUAUUGAAUAGUGUGAAGAAAAAAUGGAGGGUAGAUAUAUGGUAGAAGUGAUUGGGCUUUCUGCACAAGUGCUUUGGGAAGAUGUUUACCACUUCUUCCUUAAUUGUGGCAAUAUCAAACACCUCGAAAUCAACAGAAUGAGUGCUGACAUUUCGAUCGCGUACGUUGAAUUUGACGAAGCUUAUUCGGUGAAAAUUGCGCUCUUCCUUAGUGGAUCCGAAAUUGCUAAUCAGCCAGUAACAAUAACCAGUUGCGGAACGCAUAAUAUCGAUCCAUCUCCAUAUCUCUACGACUUCGAAGAGGCAUAUGUCACAACUAAUAACUCAACGUCCACACGCUCGGACAACUUUGUGUCGACUCCUCGAGAAGCUGUAACAGUGGUGCAAGGAGUAGUGCAAACCAUGAUCUCAAAGGGCUACGUAUUGAGCAAAGAGGCGCUGUAUAAAGCAAGAGCUUUCGACCAAUCGCAUCAAGUUUCGUCCACCACAGCAGCCAAGGUCGCCGAACUCAGCAAAAGAAUCGGACUGACCGAUAAACUCCACUCGGGAAUCGAGACAGUAAGAUAUGUGGACCAAAAGUACAAUGUAUACGAGACAACUAAAGCGGUGGCUUCUUUCACGGGCAAAACGGCUGCACGCGCUGCCGGCGCGGUAGUUAGCAGCAGUUAUUUCGCCAAAGGGGCACUUUGGGUAUCGGAUGUUUUAGAUCAUGCAGCUAAGGCUGCUGCUGAAUUGGGAAACAGAGGUGCCCAAAAAUAAUAUUUUUAAAUAUAGAUUUUAUUAUUUUUUUUUUCGAGAUUUUUAUUUUAUUUAAUUGUUGUAUUAAUUAAUAUGUAGACACUGUUUCAACGAACAGUUUUAAUGCUGCCAAGUUGUGGAAAAUAAUUUAGCAAGCAUGCUUCAAAAAUAAAAGCCACAUGAAAUCUGACUUA